AUGUCGAAAAUUAGAGGUAAAAGUCACCAGAUGUGCUGUGUAGUUAAUUGCACAUAUACUCAGAGUAAAACGGAAUCAAUUAAAUUAUUUCGAUUUCCGUCUAAGCCUCAUGACAUUGAACAGAGAAGAAAAUGGAUACAUGCUAUCAAACGAAAAAAUGCUGAUAAUAAACAAUGGGAGCCUACUCCCUAUUCCAGAAUAUGUAGUGCUCAUUUUAUUGGUGGUCAAUAUUCCAAACAUCCUCAGAGUCCAGCAUACAGUCCUACAUUAUUUCCUGUUAUUUACAAAAAAAGCAAUUUAUAA